AUGCAACCAAUAUCGAGCACCUCGUCCUUUUUCUUUACCCUCCUUCUCUCAUUGAUAGCAGGAGCAACAGCAAACCCACCAACAGCAACCCUCUCCACCACAAAAACCUCCAAAACAAUAUUCAUAGGCCGCACCCUACCCGAGUUCAACCAAGACCUCUUCCUAGGAAUAAAAUACGCCAACAAGCCAGCCCGCUUUACACCCUCGGAGCUGAAAACAACAUACACCUCCAACGAUAGUAACUCCGGUCCAUACAAUCUCGCCAUAGCGGGGACUAGCACCAAUGCCAAGUCGGUAUACUACAAUGCCACGCAGUAUGGCUAUGACUGUCCAGCUUAUGGAUCCGAUACCACCAAUCUGGUGAAUCAGGGUUUUGUUUCGCUAAACGAGGACUGUCAUAACUUAAAUAUUGUGAAGCCGCAGUCUGCGACGGAUGAGUUACUUCCUGUUGUUAUUUGGAUUUUUGGGGGCGGGUGGACGCAGGGUGCUACUGCUGAUCCCAGGUAUAACAUGAGUUAUCUUGUUCAGCAGAGCGAUUUGAACGACAAGCCUGUUCUGGGUGUUUCUAUCAAUUAUCGACUGUCGGCGUUUGGAUUCCUUGAUUCCGACGAAGUGAGGGCCGAGGGAAAUACCAAUCUGGCAUUGCGUGAUCAGCGCAUUGCCAUGCGUUGGGUGAAGAAGAAUAUUAAAGCGUUUGGUGGUGAUCCGAAUAAGAUCACUAUCUGGGGCGAGUCUGCGGGUGCUUAUAGUGUUGGAGCUCACCUUGUCACCAACAACGGUGAUAAUGAAGGUCUCUUUAGGGCUGCAAUCAUGGAUUCAGGAAACGCUGUUGGGCCCCCCUACAACGGAACCGAAUGGCAUCAGCCAAUGUAUGACCGUAUCGUCGAAAGAGCCGGAUGCACAAACUCCACAGAAACCCUCCAAUGCCUCCGCGAUCUACCAUACGCAACGCUAUACAGCGCCGCCUACGAAGGUUUAGAAUGGUUCGCUACAAUUGACGGCGCAUUCAUCUCCCAAUAUCCCCAAAUAAGCUACAAGCAAGGCAAACUAUCCAAGGUACCCAUACUCCUCGGCACGAACACAGACGAAGGAACCAGUUUCGGAACGACGGGGACAAAUACCGACGAGGAUUGUAUUGACCAGUUGAUCUCAUCUAAGCGCUGGGUCCUCAACCGCUCCCAGGCAACACAGCUCAUAUCCCACUACCCCAAUGUAUCAGCCAUCGGCUGUCCCUACGGAUGGGGAAGCAAAACCUGGCCCUCAUUGGGACUUAUGUACAAGCGAUAUGAAUCAAUGGCUGGUGAUAUAACAAUGGUAGCACCGCGGCGAUUACUAGCGCAGACGAUGUCCGGUUUCCGCGAUAGGGUUUACUCGUACCGCUGGGAUGUUGCCGCGCAGAAUAGUUCGAGCACGAUUGGGGUGCAGCAUUUUGCAGAGACGAUUACACCUCUAGGCUCUGACCCUGCCCGUCUAGACCUUGGACAACUGGCUGCGCGAAUGUGGACUUCUUUUGUGGCGGAUUUGGACCCUAAUGGGCAUGGUGUGGCUGAUAUUCCUGAGUGGACUCGGUAUUCGGAUCAUGCAGCUAAUUUUGUUUUCCGGUUACCUCGGAAUGAAAGUUAUGUUGAGGAUGAUGGAUAUCGUGCUGACGGAAUUAAGUAUAUCAAUGGUAUUGCGCGGUGA